CGAUUGGCCGCGGAGCCGCAGAAGCACCUCGCGCUUCCCCAUCCCUUUUUGGUUUUGAUGCGACACACUUCUCUCUCUUCUCUUUUAUUUUCCGUUAAAGCAAGACGAACGGCUGGCUAUCACCGCUUCAAAGGCGUCUUUAAUCCCGCCUUCGAGCAUUUAUCCAGCCAAACCUGACAGACACCAACCGCGAUGACGGAAGCGGAGGAGCAAAAACAGAAACAACAACAACAGCCCGCAUCCAGCAGCGACUCUCCGAUGGAGGCCCCCUGCAGGGAAGACGCGUUCGACCACACGUACGAGGAGAAGCAAGGCCCCAAGCCGCCGAGGAUCGUCGUGUGGAGGAACGUUAUCCUCAUGACCCUGUUGCAUAUAGGUGCCCUGUACGGCGUGCUCCUCGUCCCCAGCGCCUCGCUCGCCACGCUGUUGUGGUCCGCACUUUGCUUUUUGAUAAGUGCUUUAGGAGUGACAGCAGGCGCUCACCGCCUGUGGAGUCACAGAUCCUACAAGGCCACUCUACCUUUAAGGAUCUUCCUGGCCGUGGCCAACUCCAUGUCCUUUCAGAAUGACAUCUAUGAGUGGGCCCGCGACCACAGGGUCCACCACAAGUACUCUGAGACGGACGCCGACCCGCACAACGCCGUGCGCGGCUUCUUCUUUGCCCACAUUGGCUGGCUGCUCGUGCGCAAACAUCCCGACGUUAUCGAGAAGGGACGCAAGCUGGAGCUUCACGACUUGCUGGCUGACAAGGUGGUCAUGUUUCAGAGGAAACACUACAAGCUGUCGGUGGUGCUCAUGUGCUUCUUCGUGCCAAUGUUCGUGCCUUGGUACUUUUGGGGCGAGUCCCUGCGGGUGGCCUACUUUGUGCCGGCGCUACUGCGCUACACGCUGGUGCUCAACGCCACCUGGCUGGUCAACAGCGCCGCGCACAUGUGGGGCAACCGGCCGUACGACCAGGGCAUCAACCCCCGGGAGAACAAGUUUGUCACGUUUAGCGCCAUAGGCGAAGGAUUCCACAACUACCACCACACGUUCCCCUACGACUACGCCACCAGCGAGUUCGGCUGCAAGUUCAACCUGACCACCUGCUUCAUCGACCUGAUGUGCUUCCUGGGCCUCGCCAAGGACCGCAAGCGAGUGUCCCACGAGAUGGUGUUGGCGCGAGUGCAGCGGACGGGCGACGGCAGCUACCGCAGUGGCUAAAAAAAAAAAAAUCGAAGCAGCCAGACCUCGCCGAGCUUGAAACGGAAAAUAAAAACCUCCACAAGUCAUUUUUUUUGGAUGGCGUUUCAUCUCUUCAUCCACCACGUGGAGUCUUAAAUCGGCUUCACGGGAGGGAGGGGGGUGGACGCGAACAAAUUUUUGCUUGUUUUUGUGGUAUUUCGUAGCUGUAACUCAAAUUUGUGAAGCCGAUUAAAAAAAAAAAAAAACACGUUUUAGCUAAGCUCUCAGCCUUCUAACGUUCAAUUGGGCUUAGGUCUUUGGCAAAAGUGUUUGGGAUUUGAAGUGAAUUCAUUUGAAAAAAAAAAUCUUUGCUGUGUUUUCAAAGUUUGCUAAAGUAGUCACAUUAUCCUACACAAUAAAGCUAGUUAGCAUCGUUUGGUUUAAAAAAAAAAAAAAAAGACAAUCCAAACUUUCGAGACUAAACCAAACGCGUAGAAAAUGGUUCCUUUUGUCGUGAAAUUUAACGAUAAAGCCGUUUAUCUAGUGCCAUUAUUUUUUUCUUUUUCAAUGCGCUUUGUGGAUGUUUUUGGAUAUUCUCGUGGCUGUUUCCACUCGCGACAUUUUAUGCAACAUCUCCACCGGUCCAUGUAGCAGCCGGGUCAUGAGACCGUGCGGCCAUCCAUGCAUGAUGAUGAUGGUACAUGCUUUGUCGGCGAGCGGCGUGAACCUCAAACCCCCUUUUGAGUGUCGGGUUUUACAGAAUACUUCUACGAACUUAUUUAUGUAUUUAUUGUUGAGUUAUUUUUUUGGUACCGACUGAAAUUGCAUCGCUCAGAUAAGAACCGCAAGCCUUCAAAACCCAUUUCUUAUCUUCUAGCUGGAAUUGGAGCACCCGUUGAGUUUGUCCGCCCCCGAUCCACCUUUAAAAACAAUGUCAGGAAACUACCAAAUGCCUUAUGACUUGAAUUCAUUCCUGAUGGUCACCCGUUCUGUCCCGACAAAAAUACGCUAAAAUGAAAACAAGGUCCAUGUUUACAGGGGCAUAGUUGGCAUUGGAAUUAAAAGUAGCACUUAAAUAACAUUGGGGGACUUUGAUAACAAAUAUCACGUCCAAAAUUCGGCCCUCCACGUCUCCCCCAACGAAUGUGCCAACAGGUUGGCCAUGCCACACGCUGUGCAUGCAGCUACCCCCAAAUUAAGGUCGCUCCGAAAGCGACGAGGGAUCGCAAAAAGGUUGAAGUCUUGAAUUGUUUUGUCAAACUGCUCAGUUCGGAAAUAAAGUUCACAAUAUUUU